AUGGCCGCGAGUCACGCGAAGGACGUCCCAGAGGGCACAGCCGGUUCUACGUCUCCGGCGCCAGAGAAUACUAGACAAAGCAGUGACCCGACAGUGACGAGCGAGGCAGAAAAACAAGAAGAGGAGGAACGCAUUUCAAGAGAAUCCCAGGAGAGCGAAGACAAUAUCCCACAAGAGAAGGAGGAUGAUGAAGAGGAAGAGGAAGAAGAAGAGGAAGAAGAGGGGGAGACAAAGGAAUCAGAUGCGCCCCCAUUACCAGACGAGGUCCCUCCUCCCCUGCCAAACGAAGCUCCACCAGGCGAGGACGAUGGCUGGGAGCCUGUCUGGGAUGCCAACGCACAAGCAUACUACUUCUAUAACCGAUAUACCCAAGUUUCACAAUGGGAGAACCCCAGAGUGCCGACUGCAGCCCCAGCCUCAGCCUCAGCCCCAGCCCCAGCCAUCCCUCCCGCCCCGGGCACCGAAGACUCAAAGUCAACCGAGAAAGACCCUGCCCCGCUAGGCGGAUACAACCCUGCAAUACACGGUGACUAUGACCCAACAGCUCCGUAUGCCCAGCAGUACGAACAGCAAGAAGAGGAGGGCCAGGCGGGGCUAGGGACAGCGAAUCCGGGUAGCUAUGAAGCGGUCGGGGCAUUUAAUCGUUUUACCGGUCGAUGGCAGGGGGAGUCUCAGAAUCCAGAAAACCACAAUGAUGAGAACAAAUCGCGGCGGCAAAUGUAUGCAUACUUUGAUGUGGAUGCGGCAGCGAAUUCCCACGAUGGGAGGAGUCUGCGGGCAGAGCGGAGCGCGAAGAAACUGAGCAAGCAGGAAUUGAAGAUGUUCAAGGAGAAGCGCAGGGAGAAGAAAGAGGAAAAGCGAAGAGCCUGGUUACGGGACUGA